AUGCAGUUCAUCACUGUCUUCAUUGCUACCCUGGCCGCUGUUGCCUCUGCCUCUCCCUCCGAACGGGCUGAGAAGCGCUCCUGCGUCGCCAACUACGAAGUUGCUUGUACCUCUGGCGGCAACCCCUGCUGCGAUGGCUGGCAGUGCGUUGGUGCCACUGAGUGGAACGCUGGUGUCUGCAUCCCCAACUACUAA